AUGAGAGGUUCUGGUCUUCCCCUCUGCCUUCUUUCUGCUGUGUUUUAUCUCUUCUGGACAUCUUCUGCUGGGCUAAAAACACUGCAUUUGGGAAGCUGUGUGAUCACCACAAAUCUUCACGGAAUUCGAAGUGGAUUUUCGGAGAUUCGGGACAGUGUGCAAGCCAAAGAUGAAAUCAUUGACAUCAGAAUCUUGAGGAAGACUCAGUCUUUGCAAGGCACAAAGCCUGCAGAUCGGUGCUGCCUCCUCCAUCAUAUACUGAGACUCUACCUGGACAGGGUAUUCAAAAACUAUCAACCCCCUGACCACCAUAUCUUCCGGAAGGUGAGCCGUCUCGCCAACUCUCUUCUUACCAUCAAGAAGGACCUCCGGCUCUGUCAUGCCCAUAUGUCAUGCCCUUGUGGAGAAGAAGCAACGGAGAAGUACAGCCAGAUUCUGAGUCACUUUGAAGAGCUUCCACCUCAGGCAGCGGUGGUGAAGGCUUUGGGGGAGCUAGACAUUCUCCUGCAAUGGCUGGAAGAGGCAGACUAG